AUGAAACAAGAAUUGUUAAAGAUUUUUUUAUUAUCUCAGAUUUUAUCAACUGAUCCGGAUGAUGAAAAUAAACCAGGUACUAGUGCUAGUUUUCUGCGUAAGUCUGAAAGUAACUCACAAAACAAUGAUGAAAUACCAGCAAAAAAAAGAAGAACAGAUGAUAGUAAUAAUAAUUAUGAAUUUCGAUUAAAUCAAAAUAGUGGUAGUUUUGAUUCACUUUAUAAUGAACAAAAUUCAAAGUCUUCUGUAGCAAGAAGGAUUACUUUUGAUGAUUACGAAGAAGAAGUACAGUUUGUCUCUAAAAAUUCAAUACAAUUUAUAAAUGAAAACAGUGAUAAAACUUUUCAAGAUUAUAGUAAUAGAGAAAUAAGUAUAAAAUCAUUACUUAAAAAUAAGCAUAAAGUAUCUGAAAUUAUAAGUGUUAAAACAGAAGAAUAUCAUGAAUUAACUACUUAUAGUUAUAAACUUAUAGAAUGUCAAAGAACUGUUGAUGAAAAAAUUUAUAAGGUUACUUUUGAUGUACUUGAUAAUUUCAAUAUCUUAAAUUUAAUUCCUUCUACUAGAAUGUCAACAGAAAUAACAGAGAAAUUUAUUGAUCGUUUUAAUAAUAUUUUUAAUGUUAAACUUAUUAAAUACAAAACUGAACGUUUUCAAUGUUGCAGUGCAUUUAGAGUUUCUUAUUUUAUAGAGAAGGGAGAUUGUAAAUUAGAAGAUAGCAUAUGCUGUGAAUUAGUAUUAGAAUUUUCAGAUAUAAACAUUAUUGAUAGUAAUUUGUAUACCAUGAAUGAUAAAGUUGUUUCAAAUGAUGAAGCUAAUCCAGAAUUUGGUAUUAAUAUUUUUAAUACAAAUAAAAAUAUCAGUUUAUCACUUCAUGAUUACGUAUUUAGUUCUUUCUUAAAUGUAAAUUCUGAAUAUGAUAAAUAUGAAAGACGUCUUUAUUGUAAUUAA